UCGUUUUCUCUCCCUUUGUCGACUCCUCCUACCCCUCUCUCUACGAUCAAUUCUAUCUCUAUCAUUCGUUCUCUCUCUCUCCGUAGAAAUAGGUUCAUGUUUCAAACACGAAUUCUAACUCCCAAUAUCUUUCUCUCUCCCCUUCUCUCUCUCUCGAACUCCAUAGAUAUUGGGUGGAGAGGAGGGCACAACCAGGGUGUUGUGUAUCGUCUGUUGUGGAUGCUUUUGGACUUUCAUAGGAGAUGAAGCUUGCAUCUCGACUAGCAGAUCCAAAUAGUAGAAGAUCAUGUAUCUUCAGCCUUUUUCCAACAGCUUCUUUAUUGUGUCUACUUUUCUUCAUAGGAAGUGCAUUCUUAGCACGAGAUCCUAAAGAGAAAUUAUUCAGAUGGGGGUUAGCGGUUGAGAGUGCGAACCAAUGCAAGAGUCAGUGCAGGCCUCCUGGAACUGAGUCAUUACCUACAGGUAUUGUCUCCAAGACUUCUAACUUGGAAAUGCGACCGUUAUGGGGCUCGCCAAAGAAGAAGGGAAAUUCUUCAAACUUGUUCACUGUUGCUGUUGGAAUAAAGCAAAAGGCCAUGGUGGAUAAGUUGGUUAGAAAGUUUCUGUCAAGUGAUUUUGUUGUGAUGCUUUUCCAUUAUGAUGGUAUCGUGGAUAAAUGGAAGGAUUUAAAAUGGAGUGAUCGUGUCAUACAUAUAUCUGCACUUAAUCAAACUAAAUGUAGGUGGUUUGCCAAACGAUUCUUACAUCCAGAUAUAGUUGCAGAGUACGAUUACAUUUUCCUAUGGGAUGAGGAUCUUGGAGUUGAAGAUUUUCAUCCGGAACGAUAUCUAGAAAUUGUUAAAGACGAAGGCCUUGAGAUAUCACAACCAGCCCUAGAUUCAGUCAAAUCAGAGGUGCAUCAUCAGAUUACAGCACGUGGGAGAAGAUCAAAUGUGCACAGGAGGAUUUACAAGCCUACUGACGGUGCAGAUAGAUGUGAUGGGAAAAGUACAACUCCUCCAUGCACUGGGUGGAUAGAGGUUAUGGCUCCUGUGUUCUCAAGAGCUGCUUGGAGCUGUGCAUGGUAUAUGAUCCAGAAUGACUUGAUCCAUGCUUGGGGACUAGAUAUACAGCUUGGUUAUUGUGCACAGGGUGAUCGAACCAAAAAUAUUGGAGUUGUGGAUGCUGAGUACGUUGUUCAUUAUGGCUUGCCAACACUUGGAGACCCUAGAAAAAAGAACAAUUUUCGCAGGGAUGACAAUACUUCUGAAAUUAAAGACAUACCAACUGUCAAAACUCAUGCUUUGUCCAAGUCUCGUGCAAUCGAUUAUAGAGUUGAAGUGAGAAGGCAGUCCUACAAUGAAUUCAAGGUAUUCAAAAAGCGAUGGGUAAAAGCUGCAGAGAAUGAUGAAUGUUGGAUUGAUCCAUAUCCAGAGCCCCAACCAGAGACACAGCCGGUGAAGCAGAGAACAUAAACAAAUAUCAUCAUCGGCCUUCUAAGCUUUCAAGGCAUGUACAUUUAGACUAUAUAUAGACACAUUAAAGAAAGGUAUAAGGCCAUUGUGGCCAGUGAUGAUAGGUACAGGUAUAUGCAUAGAUCUCUAGCUUUUUAAAUACUUUUGUUAUAGGAUGGUGGUACAUACAAUUGCAGGAGACAGAAAUUGAAGUAUUCUUUACAGGGUUGCCAUUUUCAAAA